AUAUAACUCUCGAAGAAGAGUGCUUGAGUGGUUGAGUCGCAGACAGAGGAGACAUCAGCUUGACGGAUUGAAUACCUGUUCACCACCAGAAUUGCCAGAGUCUUCUGGACCUUGUAGCGCACAUUCGACAGCCCAGCAAUUACACCAUGGCAUCCAAUUUCAAGGCCGUUCAUUUGAACCAUGAGAUCCCAGAUCUUUCUGGUUCCUUUCAGAUCACCUGUCCCCCGGGAACAGAUAUUUGGGACAAGCCCCCUGCAACGCACUCCUUCAAUGCGCCAAUAAUAUACAAAACCAGCACAGUCGGCUCGUUCAAAUCCGCAAAGGUGACGGUUUCGGCCCCCUGGAAAGACAAGUACGAUCAAGGUGGACUGUGCUUGGUCAUAAAAACGAGUGACACUACUCGCUGGGUCAAGACAGGCAUUGAAUUCCUCGACAAUGUGCCUUUGGUCGGCACCGUGGCAAAGGAUCGGUGGGCGGAUUGGAGCCUCAGGCCUCUGCUUGCCGAGGUUUUGAGUGUUGAGUACACUGCCAUUGUUGAGAUAGAGAAUGCAGCCGACGGAAGCCUUUGGGUCUGGCUUGUCAGUGAGAGUGGAAUGAGGUUACCGUUGAGAGAAGUGACUUGGUGGGGGGAUUUGCCCAAGGAGACGGAGGUUUGGAUUGGUGUCUACGCCGCGAAGCCGGCGCCACAUGGCGAAAAGGACGAUCUGGUGGUUACGUUUGAGGGACUCGAUAUUCAAUAGAGAGGGAGGGCGAGUUGAAGGGCGUCGUUCUUAGCUCGGUCUCUCUGCUUGGAUACGAGGGCAAGUCGAUGCCUGCGAUGGACGACAAGGCGAGUGAAAGGAUCCAGACGUCGCAGCAAAUGCAACAAACCAUAGAAUCGAGGACGAGUAAACUGUAUCAGGGAAGCUGACUUCCAGUGGGCAAUACCAGGUACAAUGCGACGCAAAGGCUCCUUAGAACAGAGACCGAGUUCGACAGUGAAUGGACGCGUCUCAGCUGCGGACGCGUUUUUUGGC